AGCCCCAAGCUCCUCCCCGGGGCGGCUCCAGCCCGGAGGAGGCGGUGGUGCGGGGACUACGAGCCCCGGCCUGCCCCGGGCUGGCGGGCGGAGCCGGCGCUGCAAAGCGGGGCCGGGCCGGGCCGGGCUCCGUCUGUCCCUCCCUCCAUCCAUCCAUCCAUCCGGCAGGUCCUGGGACACAGCUGCUGCAUCUCAGCCCAGCUGGGUUGAACCCCAACUGCACAUCCCUUCCAGACGCUGCAGUCAGUGGAAAAAUGAGGACUUUUCUUCCUGACCCCUCCCAGCCAGUGCCCUGAAGCCUACAGGGAAGGAAGGAUGUCCUGCAGGAACGUGCUGAUCACCGGCUGCUCCUCAGGGAUUGGGUUGGCCCUGGCCGUCCACCUGGCCAGAGAUGAGCUGAGGAGAUUCCGAGUCGUCGCCACUAUGCGGGACCUGGGCCGGCGUGGGGAGCUGGAGACACGGGCAGGGACGGCGCUGGGCCACACGUUGGAGAUCCGGCAGCUGGAUGUGGACUGUGAGGAGUCGGUGCGGCGCUGUGUGGAGGCCAUCCCCCAGCGGCGCGUGGAUGUGCUGGUGAGCAAUGCGGGGCGGGGGCUGGUGGGGCCGCUGGAGCUGCAGAGCGUGGAGGCUGCGAGGCGCCUGCUGGACACCAAUGUGUUGGGGCUGCUACGACUCGUGCGCCAGGUGCUGCCCGACAUGAAGCGCCGGCGUAGUGGCCACGUCGUCGUCAUGAGCAGUGUCCUGGGCCUGCAAGGCCUCCUCUUCAAUGACCUCUACUGUGCCUCCAAGUUUGCGGUCGAGGGCUUCUGUGAGAGCCUGGCCUUGCAAGCCCUGAAAUUUGGGGUGCACAUCAGCCUGAUUGAGCCAGGGCCGGUGGCCACGGAGUUUGAGCGGAAGUUGUAUGAGGAGGCGGCCACCCUGGAUUUGUCCGGCCUGGACCCUGAGACGCGGGAGCUCUUCCAGGGCUUCUACUUGCCCUACUCUCGGGAGGUUUUUGCCGCCCUGGCCCAGUCGCCGGCAGAGGUGGCCGAGCACACGGCUCGGGUGAUCACGUCAGAGUCGCCGCCGUUCCGGUCCCAGACCAACAGCCUGUAUGCACCGCUGGCCACACUGAAGCACGCAGACACUAGCGGGCACUUGCCCCUUGCUGCCUUCCAGCGCCUCAUCUUCCAGCAUGACCGGCUCUUCAAGGCCAGCCUCAGCCUGCUCAAGCUGCUGCAGUGGCGCAAGCGCCGGGACAUGGACCACACCAAGACCCCUUGAGCCCCAGCCUUCCCCCCCCCCCCAUACAGCCACCUCCCCUCUAGCAUCCUCAGGAGGGCGUGAGGUGCCGGCUUUUUUGUGGGGCGGGAAUGGGGCAAGGGUGGGGAGUAGGGAUCUGGGUGGGGCUGUGAAUUGCCCCUGGGGGCUGACCCCACUCAGGGGAGGUUCAAUUUGUACUGUGGAUUAAAGCAGCAGGGAGACCUGCAUGGUGAAAGGCA